AUGGAUCUGGACUCCGACAUUCAAAUGGAAGACGCUGUUGAGCAAACACAGGCGGAACAGGCAGAAAAGGCUUCUAUUCUGUCCCAAGUUCCAAUUAGCAUUACAGACCCCACCACCCAAAGAGACACGUUGGACGGUUGGAUAGAACAAUUGAGCCAAUGUAAACCAUUGAGUGAAAACUCUGUUAAACAAUUGUGCGCUAUGGCAAUCGAAGUUGUCAAGGACGAGCAGAACGUCCAGCCCGUGCAAGUGCCAGUCACUAUAUGUGGAGAUAUUCACGGCCAGUUCCACGAUUUGAUGGAGUUGUUCAAAAUCGGAGGGCCUUGCCCAGACACAAACUAUCUGUUCAUGGGAGAUUACGUCGACAGAGGAUACUACUCUGUGGAGACGGUCAGCUACUUGGUGGCUAUGAAAAUUCGGUAUCCAAGAAGAAUCACUAUUCUUAGAGGAAAUCAUGAGUCAAGACAAAUUACACAAGUUUAUGGAUUUUACGAUGAAUGUUUUAGAAAAUACGGUUCUGCCAACGUCUGGAAGAUCUUUACGGAUCUGUUCGACUAUUUCCCGAUCACCGCUCUUGUUGAGAACUCGAUUUUCUGUUUGCACGGCGGAUUGUCUCCGAUGAUCGAAACGAUCGAUCAAGUUCGGGAGUUGAAUAGAAUCCAGGAGGUUCCCCACGAAGGACCAAUGUGUGACCUGCUGUGGUCCGAUCCUGACGAUAGAGGAGGAUGGGGGAUUUCUCCAAGAGGUGCAGGUUUCACUUUUGGUCAGGAUAUUUCUGAGCAGUUUAAUCACACAAACGGCCUUUCUUUGGUUGCCAGAGCACACCAGUUGGUCAUGGAAGGAUACAGCUGGUCGCACCAGGAUUUGGUGGUGACCAUUUUCUCGGCCCCUAACUACUGCUACAGAUGUGGAAACCAGGCCGCCAUCAUGGAGGUUGACGAGAACCACAACAGAAACUUUUUGCAGUACGACCCUUCUGUCCGCCCUGGUGAGCCCACCGUUACCAGGAAAACUCCCGAUUAUUUCCUCUAG